GCAUGGAUUUACCAGCAUCGGGAGAGAGAGGAGUCUGCAGGAACAGAUCAUCCCAGCUCUGCUCUCAGCCCAGAGCCUAAUACCCACCUCAUUGAGGACUGGCAGGGACCCCUCAGUGGUCCCGCCUUAUCUUUGUUAACAGCAGCUAAGAUCUGCCUUGGAAUUAAAUCAACACUGCUUCUGAUUUACAUUCUAGCAUCUGCAAGGAGAGCAAAUCACCCUCACAUCUCUCUGUCUCUGGGAGGAUAUCAGCUCCUAUUGCACAGCACUCAGGCCACUGUUUAUCUGUCAUUUCACAGAACUUUGGACACGUCUGGAGAAUAGCAACUCUUGCUCACAGCUUCAGUUCAAUUGCUGACAAUUUAAAAGCCCCCAGGGUCAUAAGGACCACUUAGAAGGCAAUCAGAGUAAAUAAAUGCAUGAAUUUUCAUGGGAAGGAAAAUAGCUUGGACAGGCAGCUGUACCAGGAUUAUUUCCAGCAGAGUGAUCGCUUCCCCAUCUAUCUGCCAGCCACAGCUUUAAUAUACGUUAGGGGCUUUAGCCUUUGGACUUGAAGACAGCUGUCUGCAGGUAACGGACUCCUAUAUUCACUUCCAUCUGUGGUCCUUGAAGGCUGUUUUCUGCAGGGUGAAAUAACAUACAGCUGAGGGAGAGCAGCAAUUGCUUUUUUAGAGGCUGUAAAUUUGUGGGCACCGGCAAAAAAUCAGAAUGUUGCUGUUAUAGUGACAGGGACCUUUGUAUCUAACGCAGCCCUGUCUGCUCAGCUGCAUGGAAUCUGUCUGCACGUCUGAUGACAGCUUCUCAACACGACAUCUUCACAGUUAAGUGCAUCUAUUAUUAUGCUCUGGGGCUGGAAAAAUCCAUAAUUGCAGAGAGAUGGAGCUGGGUCAAUGCACUUCUGUGCCCUGCCACCCUAAUAACACCACGGAUCACGCCAAUGCCAUGUUUGAAGUCCUCGCUGACACCAGUGAUGUCUUGGUCACCUCCUUCCUGGGGUGCAUCCUGGCCGUGAUGUGCCUGGUGGGCACAGUUGGCAACAUCUACACGUUGACGGUCGUGAAUCUCUCCAUGAUGUUCACUGGCUCGAUGUACAUUUAUAUUGUCAAUCUGGCGCUGGCAGAUCUCCUGUACCUGUCUACCAUCCCCUUCGUAGUCUGCACGUAUUUCGUGAAGGACUGGUACUUUGGAGAUGUGGGUUGCAGGGUCCUGUUCAGCCUGGACCUCCUCACCAUGCAUACCAGCAUCUUCAUCCUCACUAUCAUGAGCACUGAAAGGUACCUAGUAGUCAAGCCAUUAGACACUAUUGGGAGAUCCAGAAACUACCGGAGGACUGUCACCUGCCUGGUCCUCCUUGCCUUCCCAACCAUGAUCCUCAUAGACCUAAGGACGAGUGACCAGGGCGGGGUGACCAAGUGCAUGUGCCACCCCACUUGGCAGAUGGAGACCAACAAAGUGUACCUCACCAUCCUUUUUAACACCUGCAUCCUGGCCCCUGGGCUUGUCAUCGGCUACUUAUACAUUAAGUUGGCCAGGACAUACUGGAGAUCUCAGACUGCUGUUUUCACCACCAGGGAAAUGAACCGGUGCACCCUGUACAUGAUAUUGAGCAUCGUCCUCACCUACUGGGCUUGUUUCAUACCCUUCUGGCUCUGGCAGCUGCUCAGCAUCUACUACUACAAGCCAGGGAACCUCACCACCACCACCAUGGUCUACAUCAAUUUCAUCGUGACCUGCCUGGCCUACAGCAACAGCUGCUUUAACCCUUUCCUUUACAUGCUGCUCUCCAAGAAUUACAAAGAGUACCUGAGGAGUCGCCAGAAGAACUGCAUCAACCUCUCCAAGAUAAAGCCCAAGAGGUGCUCCUCGAGGAGGUCCAUGGUCUCUGGAAGCCACGCAUACACAGAAUCCAUAGCCAUCGCUCAGAUCACAGGGCUCACCAAUGAGGAUGUCUGCACUCUGUGAAAGGUCUGUGGAGAAGAGCCGUAUCCCUAUCAACUCACCCUCCAGAAGGUCUUCUGUCGCUGGGCUCUCCUUGGGAGACAGAGGCUGGGGAGGAACAACGGUGCCAAACGUCCUGCUGUCACUUGCACCCUAUGCACCUUCCCCUGUUCUACUGGUUCCUGCCCCAACAGUGAUGGUUGCCAUCUAACUGAGCUUCCUCUGUUAUUAGGUCCCCCUCAGCCUGCUACUUGGGCACCAUCAUGAAAUUAAAAUGAACACAAUUAACAUUUUCCCUAGGCAGGCAACAAACUGACUCUGCUGUAGGCUAUCCCCGUCGGCUGACUGACAGCACCCAAUGGUAACACCCCAGGAAGGAGAAGCCAGCUGGACAAUGGUGCAUCGUGAACUGUACCCUAAAGGUGACCAAGCUCGGCAGAGACGGUUAAGCCCUGGGACCUCACAGCAGGAGAAUGCUGCAGGUUGUAACCACUGUGAUGGGGUGUGUGGGGAGAAUACGCGGUGGACAAAGGGCUGCGCAUGGUACAGAUGCUGUCGGUGGACCCCAGGGAACCCUUCUCCCAACAGAAGGGCCGGAGGAGCCCAGGAGGCGGGUGAGUGACCGGCUGCAGGCUGUGGUGAGGAUGCAACCAGGCUCCCUGGACUCCGCUCCCCUGCAACAUGAGAGUCAGGAACGGCUCUGGCCCAGCCUGCCCAGCUCUGCUGCAUACCUCUCUCGCCACGCACAGGGCGCCAUGAGGCGGACACUCAAGCCCAUUGCUUGCUAGCCAACCUCUUUCCCCCCGCACCAGACAUUGCAUUUUUAUUAUUGGGUGCAAAAGUUUCAUCAGUAAA